CCGGGAGCAGGAGGCGUUGUCGUUGCAGCGGGGCUCGCUUCCUUCUCCGCCCUCGGCGCAGCCAGGCAAGGGGGCGGGGCUCGGCGCCCAGGACCCCGCUCCGGCUCGGCUCGGCGCGGCUCGGCGCUGCGGGAGGAUGUCGGGCGGCGGCGGCGGCGGGCGCGAGGAGGAGCGGCGCAAGCUGGCGGACAUCAUCAACCACUGGAACGCCAACCGCCUCGACCUCUUCGAGAUCAGCGCCCCCACCGAGGACCUGGAGUUCCAUGGAGUAAUGAGAUUUUAUUUUCAAGAUAAAGCAGCUGGAAAUUUUGCAACAAAAUGUAUCCGUGUGUCUAGUACUGCUACAACACAAGAUGUAAUAGAAACUUUGGCAGAGAAAUUCCGUCCUGACAUGCGAAUGUUGUCAUCCCCUAAAUACUCACUUUAUGAAGUACAUGUCAGUGGAGAAGAAAGAAGAUUAGAUAUAGAUGAGAAGCCCCUUGUUGUACAGUUGAAUUGGAACAAAGAUGACAGAGAAGGGAGGUUUGUUCUCAAGAAUGAAAAUGAUACACUUCCUCCAAAGAAAGCUCAGAGUAAUGGCCCUGAAAAACAAGAAAAAGAAGGGGUUAUCCAGAACUUCAAACGAACGCUAUCAAAAAAAGAGAAAAAAGAAAAAAAGAGGCGAGAAAAGGAAGCACUGCGACAAGCAUCAGAUAAAGAUGAUAGACCUUUCCAUGGAGAUGAUAUUGAGAAUUCUCGUCUUGCAGCAGAGGUUUACAAAGAUAUGCCUGAGACCAGCUUCACACGCACAAUAUCCAAUCCUGAGGUAGUCAUGAAACGCCGACGACAGCAAAAACUAGAGAAGAGAAUGCAGGAAUUCCGCAGCUCUGAUGGUCGGCCAGACUCAGGAGGGACGCUCAGAAUUUAUGCGGACAGCUUAAAACCAAAUAUACCAUACAAGACAAUCCUGCUGUCCACUACAGAUACUGCAGACUUUGCAGUUAUUGAAGCUCUGGAGAAGUAUGGUUUGGAAAAAGAAAAUCCGAAGGAUUACUGUAUUGCUCGUGUUAUGCUUCCUCCUGGUUCUCAACAUUCGGAUGAUAAAAGUGCUAAAGAAAUUAUCCUUGAUGAUGAUGAGUGCCCUCUUCAGAUAUUCAGGGAAUGGCCUAGUGACAAAGGAAUAUUAGUGUUUCAGUUGAAAAGACGUCCUCCUGACUAUAUCCCAAAGAAAUCCAAGAAACAAACUGAUGGAAAGCCAUUAAAGGGGAAGGAAAGAGUUGAUGGGUCUGGCUAUGGCUCUUGCCUUCCUCCUGAGAAACUACCGUAUCUGGUAGAAUUAAGCCCAGGGAGAAGGAAUCACUUUGCCUACUACAACUAUCACACUUACGAAGAUGGUUCUGACUCCAGAGAUAAGCCAAAGCUUUAUCGUCUACAAUUAAGUGUUACUGAAAUUGGAACAGAAAAAUUUGAUGACAGUUCCAUCCAGUUGUUUGGUCCAGGAAUUCAGCCACACCACUGUGACCUCACCAAUAUGGAUGGAGUUGUUACUGUUACCCCAAGAAGCAUCGAUGCUGAGACUUAUGUGGAAGGUCAGCGUAUUUCGGAGACCACUAUGCUGCAGAGUGGCAUGAAAGUUCAGUUUGGGUCUUCUCAUGUAUUUAAAUUUGUGGAUCCCAGUCAGGAUCAUAUUAUUCCUAAAAGACCUUUGGAUGCUGGUCUCAUGGUCAAAGGUCCAAGACACAAAACUGGAGUUGUUCAGGAAACAACCUUUGAUCUGGAGGGAGAUGUUCACAGUGGAACGGCAUUACCAGCAAGCAAGAGCACCAACAGACUAGAUGGUGACAGAACAUCAUCGGCAUCCAGCACAGCUGAACGGGGCAUGGUGAAGCCAAUGAUCAGAAUAGAGCAACAACAAGAAUACCGCAGACAGGAUGGGAGAUCUCAGGACACGUAUGGGCCAGAACUCGUAUUACCUGCGAGCAUCGAAUUUAGGGAAAGUUCUGAAGAUGCCUUCUUAUCUGCCAUUAUAAAUUAUACCAAUAGUUCAACAGUUCAUUUUAAACUAUCUCCUACUUAUGUUUUGUACAUGACUUGUCGGUAUGUAUUGUCAAGCCAGUACAGACCUGACAUUACUCCUACUGAGCGUACUCACAAAGUCAUUGCAAUAGUCAACAAGAUGGUGAGCAUGAUGGAAGGAGUUAUCCAGGAGGUAGACCAGGUUGAUCAGAAGCAAAAGAAUAUUGCUGGGGCACUUGCCUUCUGGAUGGCAAAUGCAUCUGAGCUGCUCAAUUUUAUAAAACAAGACCGAGAUCUCAGCCGAAUUACUUUAGAUGCGCAAGAUGUUUUGGCACAUUUGGUUCAAAUGGCUUUCAAAUACCUGGUUCACUGUCUUCAGUCAGAGCUUAACAACUACAUGCCUGCAUUCCUUGAUGAUGAAAAUAAUCCUCAAAGGCCUAAAAUAGAUGAUGUCUUGCAUACGUUAACUGGAGCUAUGUCCCUGUUGCGACGAUGUAGAGUGAAUGCUGCACUAACUAUACAGCUCUUCUCCCAGCUGUUUCAUUUUAUCAACAUGUGGCUUUUUAAUAGACUUGUUACUGAUCCAGAUUCAGGAUUGUGCUCUCAUUACUGGGGAGCCAUCAUUCGCCAGCAGUUGGGCCAUAUUGAGGCCUGGGCGGAAAAGCAGGGCCUAGAACUGGCUGCUGAUUGUCACCUAAGCAGGAUAGUGCAGGCUACUACACUGCUUACCAUGGAUAAGUACUCACAUGAUGACAUUCCACAUAUUAACAGUACCUGCUUUAAGUUGAAUUCCCUACAGUUACAAGCACUGUUGCAGAAUUAUCACUGUGCUUCAGAUGAACCAUUUAUCCCAACAGAGCUUAUAGAUAAAGUAGUAGCUGUCGCAGAAAAUACAGCUGAUGAACUAGCUCGUAGUGAUGGCAGAGAAGUUCAGCUGGAAGAGGAUCCUGAUCUACAGCUGCCUUUUCUUCUGCCAGAAGAUGGCUAUUCAUGUGAUGUUGUCAGAAACAUCCCAAACGGUUUACAAGAAUUUUUAGAUCCACUGUGCCAGAGAGGCUUCUGCAGGCUAACACCUCAUCCACGUUCACCAGGGACUUGGACAAUAUAUUUUGAAGGUGCAGACUAUGAAAGUCACCUGUUACGUGAGAAUGCUGAGCUGGCUCAGCCUUUGAGGAAAGAACCUGAAAUCAUCACGGUGACACUAAAAAAACAAAAUGGAAUGGGCUUAAGCAUUGUUGCUGCUAAGGGCGCAGGUCAAGAUAAACUUGGAAUCUAUGUCAAAUCUGUUGUAAAAGGAGGUGCUGCAGAUGUGGAUGGUCGCCUGGCAGCAGGGGAUCAACUGCUCAGUGUGGAUGGUAGAAGUUUGGUGGGGCUGUCCCAAGAAAGGGCAGCAGAACUCAUGACAAGAACAGGUUCUGUAGUGACCCUGGAAGUAGCAAAGCAAGGAGCAAUUUAUCAUGGUCUGGCAACCCUGCUUAACCAACCAUCCCCAAUGAUGCAGAGAGUUUCUGACCGGCGUGGCGCAGGUAAACCCCGACCAAAGAGCGAAGGUUUUGAGCUGUAUAAUAACUCUGCUCAAAAUGGGUCACCUGAGAGCCCUCAGCUGCCUUGGACAGAGUACAAUGAACCAAAGAAGCUUCCAGGGGAUGACAGAUUAAUGAAGAAUCGAGCUGAUCACCGCUCCAGUCCGAAUGUGGCAAAUCAGCCUCCCAGUCCUGGAGGAAAGAAUGCUUAUGCUUGUGGAACCACCACCAAGAUAACUUCAGUCUCAACUGGGAAUCUCUGUACAGAGGAACAGACACCACCACCAAGACCCGAAGCUUAUCCUAUCCCCACACAAACCUACACCAGAGAAUAUUUCACAUUCCCAGCUUCCAAGUCCCAGGAUCGAAUGGGUCCUGCUCAGAAUCAAUGGCCAAAUUAUGAAGAAAAGCCACAAGUCCAGGCAGAGAGUAGUCACUCAAUCAGUGCUGCAAUGCAGCGUGUGGCUCGUUCUCAGGAAGAACUGCGAGAUCAAGUUUUCCAGCCGGAGAGGAAUCGUUUGGAAGUGGUUAUACGGAAGGAUGUGGAGUACAUUGAUCGCAAGUCGGACAGUGAUCCAUGGAUGAAUUCAUCUGUGGAUUCCAGCACAUCUAGCCAAGAGCAUCUGAACCAUUCAUCCAAACCCAUUUCCCCUGGUUCAUGUUUAACUAAAAGUGGACCUGGCCGGUGGAAAACUCCAGCUACCAGCCAGCCGACCCCUGUGGCAGUUUCCCAGCCCAUUAGAACAGACCUACCCCCACCACCACCUCCUCCACCAGUGCAUUAUGCAGCUGAAUUUGAUGAACUGCAAAUGGAUUUGCCUCUUCCACCUCCUCCUCCUCCAAACCAGCUAGGAACACCAGCAUCUUCCCAGGUAGCUGCUGCAGAACGUAAAAAGAGAGAGGAACAUCAGCGAUGGUAUGAAAAAGAAAAAGCACGUUUGGAGGAAGAACGAGAGAGGAAACGGCGUGAGCAGGAAAGGAAACUGGGCCAGAUGCGGGCUCAGCCACUAAUUCCUUCUCAGCCUAUGGUUCCUCCUGUUUCUGUUCAGCAGGUAAAACCAGAAAAGCCUUCAACAUUGCAGAGGUCCCAAGAAACUGUUAUUCGAGAGUUACAGCCCCAACAGCAACCCCGAACCAUUGAGCGAAGAGAUCUGCAGUACAUUACUAUCAGCAAAGAAGAACUAUCUUCCAGUGAUAGCUUGUCUCCUGAUCCCUGGAAGCGGGAUGCAAAGGAGAAGCUGGAGAAGCAGCAACAGAUGCACAUUGUGGACAUGCUGAGUAAAGAGAUCCAGGAUCUUCAGAACAAGCCCGAUCGCACAGCAGAGGAGAAUGACCGCCUACGCAAACUCAUGCUUGAGUGGCAGUUCCAAAAACGACUUCAGGAGUCAAAGCAAAAGGAUGAAGAUGAUGAAGAAGAAGAAGACGAUGAUAUGGAUGCCAUGCUAAUUAUGCAGCGGCUGGAGGCUGAAAGAAGAGCAAGGCAGACUGCUGUGCCAGCAAUCUCUGUUCUAGAUUUGUUACAGGAUGAGGAGCGCCGACGGCAGCAGCAGUUGGAAGAGAUGCGUAAACGAGAAGCAGAAGAUAGGGCCAGGCAAGAAGAGGAGCGCCGGCGACAGGAGGAGGAGCGAACCAAGAGAGAGGCUGAAGAAAAGAGGCGACAGGAAGAAGGAUAUUACAGUCGCUUGGAAGCUGAAAGGCGCAGGCAGCAUGAUGAGGCAGACCGAAGAUUACUGGAAUCUGACGAGCCUGGUCUGUACAGACCUCCACUUCCACGGGAAUAUGAGCUCCCACCCCCAACCCUUUCAUCUAAUGCUCCUCCUCCCCCACCUCAGCGAAACACCUCUUACCUCAAAACACAGGUCCUCUCCCCUGACACGCUUUAUACUGCCAAGUUUGUUGCAUACAAUGAUGAUGAGGAGGAGGAGGAUUCCAAUCUAGCAGGUCAGGAUAAGUACUCCAGCACAAGAAAAUCUUAUGGUGACCUUCCUCCUGCCACCCUUAAGCCACAGCAGCCCUCCCGCCAGCCGCGCCCAGUUUCAGAUGGCAUCUUUCUUUCCAACUCAUUCCAGCCACCCUUUGUCAAUGCCAACAGUACUACUACCAAAACAAGUCAGCCCCCACCCCCACCAAACAAACCAAGUUUCUUCCAUCCCAGCAGCUCAAAAGGACCAAAUUCUUACACUGGAUCUACAGGAGCAACUGUUGGAGCCCAGGAACUUUAUCGGGAUCCAAGAGAAAAAAGAUCUAAAAGUCAAGAUACUGAUGUACCUGGAGCACCAGAGAACCUGACGUUCAGAGAACGCCAACGUCUUUUCUCGCAGGGCCAGGAUGUAUCCAAUAAAGUAAAGGCUUCUAGGAAAUUAAUGGAACUGGAAAAUGAACUAAACACAAAAUAAGACAAAAGGCACCUUAUCUCGUGUAAUGGAAAAGUCUCUAAGAGAAUGAGGUGGGGCACAGGGGCUCUUUUAGAAGACAGGAAGGAGGGUAUUUUCUCUAAGGAGUGAGUUUGAUUCCUCUAUAACUCAGACUGUUAAUUGAAAUUUAGAGAUGUUGCAAUAGCAAGAAAACUGAUUUACUUUACCAAGAGUUUGUGGUUUAUACAUUUAAAGCACUGUACAAUUUUAAUUAUAUGAAUCACGUGAAGGUAACUUCUUUUUCCUUUUGGUUUUUUUUGGGGGGGGAGUUAACUUUUUCUGCACCAGACCAAGUAGCACUUGUCUAAGAUGAGUUCUGUUUCCUGGUCUUUUACAAACACACUUUGUUUUAGCUGCUGAGCAGAGAGAGUGAAAAUAGCUUGAACUGUCUAAAUCUGUGCACUAGCUAUUGAUUUCUGUAGGUUGUUUGCCAUAAAAGCCAAUAUUGGGGCUGUCUUAAAAAAGACUGAGUUUAUAUACAAAUUUAUAAUAUACUGUAUGCUGUUCAUGCAAACGGUUAAGAUAUCAGUGCAAAACUUUAUUGCCUAGUAUUGGAGUAAUAGGGUUUCCCUGGUUAAAAUCUUGUCAUAAAACAAUUCUGAUCCUGUAGAUUUUGUUGGGUCUAAACAGAUGCAAAACAGAAACUUCUUAUCCAUAGCCAAGGAAAAGCACAUACGUGCAUACAUCCCCAUCAUAUUAUGAAAUGUCUGGUAUUCAAACCUCCUUUAAAAAUGUGUGGAGAUGAGACACCUUGGGAUUUUUUGUACUAUGUGGAAAUUUCAGAAUAUAACAAGCAAUAGAUUAUAGGCUACUUUAGUGGCCCUGAUAUAGCUAGGACCAAAAGAUUAAGUGUUGAAGUCAGGGGUAAUAAUUACAAUUCCAAAGCUAGGUGAACUGAUGCAUGCUUUUUUUCCAAGGAGGAUAGGAUAAAUAGUAUAUUAGCAAUUAGACAUGGACGUCGUUGAUGGAGGUUGCUGGAUGGUUAAGCAACAUACUACUUCUGGUGAAGUAAAAUGGUGUAACAAAAAGGAAGACGGAAUUGUGAAAGAAAUACGAUAAUGCUGGCUGUGAAUGGACUGUGUCAGGGAGAUGGCUUGACUAACCGUGUUAACUGCAAACCAUCACUACUCAUGUGAAGAAAGUAGUGCUAGUCAAGCUCUCUUUUAAUUUAUCUAGUUCUUAUUUGCUUCCUGUUCUGUAAAGAAUCUGCUUGGCAGUUCAAGCUAAUUUCUCACACUUUAAUAGCCUUAUUUAAUUUUAAAUUGUUGAUCUUUUUUUUUCCCCCACUAUUGUUUCUUCAGCUAUGCAUAUGUGGCUGAUGAUGUUUGGGAUGAGGACCUCCUCAGAGUUUGUUUUUCGUUGUGUGAUGUUGAGACAAUAUAUAUUGUGAUUCCAAACAAAUUUUCUAUUUGACAAAGCCUGAGCCUGGCUUUAGAUGAUUUUUCUGUAUCAUAUUGUUCUCUUAUAAAUAUAUAUUUAGGGAAUUCUGCACACUUCCAAAUACAGAGGGGUAGACUUUCACUGCCUUAGAAAAGAAAUCACUUUUAAUAAGAGUUGUAUGAUAAAUAAAUGCAAGUUAAUGAAAUUGGAGUGUAAAUAUUUUUUACAUAUUUCAGGUUUCUUAUUUGAAAGUGUGCUUUUACCAGUUCACCUGUUAAAUAUGAAGUAGAAGAUUAAACUCCUUCAAAGUGUCAAUGAAGGAUUUGCAUGCUUGCUAUGUCUGUUAAUCAGGAAAGCAAGCCUCUCCCAAUUUAUCUCGAGAACACUAGCAGCCUUACAGUGACAAAAAUACUUUUUUCCUUCAGGGAAAAAAAAUCCUUUAUGCUGUGGCUGAAAUACUGUUGCUGCUAGACUCUGAAAAAGGCUUAGCAAAAAUUAUAUAUAACCUUCAGUUGAGUGGAUUUGGCCGCUAUUGGGCAUUCGGGUCAAGUGUGAAUAUGUGUAAAAGUGCUUUUCAUAUUUGUCUGUGCAUUAUUAUGGAAAAAACAUCAAAACUGCUGUAGUUUCCCAUUUCUACUGUAUUUCACUUGCAACCUAUUUUUAAUAAACUUUGUAUUGUAUUUAACUUGCAA